AAUAACAAUCGUGGUGCUCGAGCUAGAGCGUGGGUUGAGGUUCGAUACCCGCGAAUUCUUUAAUAUCUUGUAGAGGAUUUCACUGACAAGCAGAGGCACCAUGGACGAGGAGGAACAGUUUGUCAACAUAGACCUGAAUGAUGACAACAUCUGCAGCAUCUGCAAACUGGAGACAGACACAGGAACCCUGUCCUUCUGUCAUGUCUGUUUUGAGCUGAGCAUUGAAGGUGUGCCCACCCCCACACUGUUACACUCCCAGUCUCUCCGCGGUCACAGGGACUGCUUUGAAAAAUACCACCUCAUUGCCAACCAGAAGUUGUCCCACGCCAAGGCCUCGCGGAGUACCUACGAAGGCAUGAAAAGAGCGUUUAGCCAGAGACUCAGCCGCAUCGUACAGUACGCUCAGAACAGAGACUCGGAUUCCGCCGACAACCCCGGCCGCUGGGGAUCCAAACACCAACUCCUGUGUUACAACAAGCAGGGAGACCGGAAACUGGUGCCCCAGUCCGACUCACAGGUCCCCCGCUACACCGCGCGCUGGACCGAGGGCACGUCCGCAGGGCUGCCUGAAUACACCAAAGGCGUGUUGGAGUGCCACACAGGGGAGGAGCUCGGCCUGGGUCUCCUACAGGACAGGAGAGACAGUCUGUGGGGAGGGGAGCACCACAACUCCCUUCAGCAACAAGAGACACCAGGGGUGAGACAGAGGAGACACCAAGGACAUAGCCGAGAGGAAUUAGUCGAAAUGAGUGUGGAAGAGCUGCAUCAGUUGAAUGGACAAUUGCUGCUCCAGAUCCAAAAGGUGUUUGAGGAGCUGACAGUGGCUGUGCAGGAGAAGGACUCUCUAACGUCAGAGCUCCACGUUCGCCACAUCGCCAUCGAGCAGCUGUUUAAGAACUGUGCCAAGCUGCCGUGGCUGCAGAUCGGCCGAGCCGGCGUGAAAGCCAGCAGCUCCCCUGUGGAAUGAUGGGACGAACCCCCCCACCUGCCGAGACCCACAUACUCUCUGACUCCGCUCAGACUCCGCUGUGGCUCCGCCUACACCACAGUGUAUACUCUCCUCAAACACACAGCAGAGUGGACACACAGACCUGCUGCCUUUCAAUUCAAUGGUGUUUCUGUGUGUGUGUGUGGGGGGAAGGGACACUGGCUUUUAAAAGUAUGACUUGAAAAAGAGGUGAAUGAAAGGUAUUCAAGAAAACUUUGAGGAGAAACCUUUCUGACGGAGGACCUGUCGCUUCUAUGCAGAACGAAUUCUCAGAAUGAAA